AUGACUACCACCUAUAUACUCACUAUCCGUAGCUUGGUACGUCAGAUGCAACAGGCAAAGGCGGCUCAAUUGUAUCCUAACAAUGCAAUCGCAACGACACCGCUAAUCACUGCGACAUCAAGCUCCAGUGGGCCUACAAGUCGAAAAAGCUCAACCCUAAGCGUAAUAAACCUGGCAAGCGGUACGGGAAUCACAGUUUCACCAGUAGUAAAGAAGUUAAAGAGAUGUGGAAGUGCGAUAGAAGCAAGCCACGGUACAAUGACAAUUGGACAGACAUCACACCCGGCAACUGGAACGCAAGUACUUUUUCGUACACAUGGAAAAAAGUUGGGGUCAAAAGCUGGUUUGACAACUCGGCCUAGUCUGCAAGUGGUAAUUCAAGUGGAAACAGGGCUGCUUGAUAUGAAAGCCCCGGGGCAUUCAGAUGUUGAAGGCUGUCUAGAUCGUGGUCAACGACUAAAACGACAAAUGCGUAGCUCUCUGCAACCCUGGAUCGGCUUAUGGCCCAGAUUAUCAAUUACUGGUGUGCGUCACGGACGAUCAGAUAUCGGCAUUCCGAAAAGCAAAGCUUCGAUCUGUGAACAAAGAAGAACGAUGGCAAAUUUGACAGUGCCUGGAAGCCUAACUUACAGUCCAACAUCGGAGGAGUCCAGCGAUUGGCCGACUUGGAGGAAACGCUCAACUGCCUCUGUACUCUCAUUCGCCCAGCAGGGACAACAGCAGCAACCUCAGAGAUCCGCCCUUGAACGUAUCCACAGGGGUCAACGUGCUGUACAAGUGAUAGGAGUCCUAUUUGGCGUAUUCUUAGCCUGCUAUCUGCCAUUUUUCUUUGUUUAUUUAUUAGAUACUCUGUGCGAGGCCUGUCAAUGGUGGACGCGGCCUGCAAUACCUCACACGGAAUGGCUAGGAUACCUGGGAUCAAUGCUUAAUCCAUUUGUCUAUCAUUUUUUCAAUCCAACCUUCAGACGCACCUUCCGUCGAAUGAUGCAUUGCGAAUGCCGUAGACGACCAGCAGAAUACCAGGCCAUAUGGUCAGCCAAGGCUCACCAAUGA